GGCAUGUCGGCGCGGCCCGGGUGCGUGGGGCCGGGCGCGGCCCCCGGCGCGGCCCGGGCCUCGGAGGAGAUCGAGGAGCUGCAGCGAGCGGUGGUGGACGAGCUGGGCAUCUCCAUGGAGGAGCUGCGGCUCUUCAUCGACGAGGAGCUGGAGAAGAUGGAGUGCGUGCGGCAGCGCAAGAAGCAGCUGGCCGAGCUGGAGACGUGGGUGGUCCAGAAGGAGACGGAGAUGGCCCAGGUGGACCAGCUCUUCGACGACGCCUCCCGGGCAGUGACUAACUGUGAGUCGUUGGUGAAAGACGUCUACUCCAAGCUGGGGCUCCACUAUCGGGACAGUAGUUCUGAGGAUGAAGCUUCCAGACCUACGGAAAUAAUUGAAAUUCCCGACGAAGAUGAUGAUGUCCUCAGCAUUGAUUCGGGUGAUACUGGGAAUAGAACUCCAAAAGACCAGAAGCUCCGUGAAGCUAUGGCUGCCUUGAGAAAGUCAGCUCAAGAUGUCCAGAAAUUCAUGGAUGCAGUUAACAAGAAGAGUAGUUCCCAGGAUCUACAUAAAGGAACCUUGAGUCAGAUGUCUGGAGAACUAAGCAAAGAUGGUGACCUGGUAGUCAGCAUGCGCAUUCUGGGCAAGAAGAGAACCAAGACCUGGCACAAAGGCACCCUUAUUGCAAUCCAGACGGUUGGGCCAGGAAGGAAAUACAAGGUGAAAUUUGACAACAAAGGAAAAAGUCUACUCUCGGGGAACCAUAUUGCCUAUGAUUACCACCCACCUGCUGACAAGCUCUAUGUGGGCAGUCGAGUGGUAGCCAAAUACAAAGAUGGAAAUCAGGUCUGGCUCUACGCUGGCAUUGUAGCUGAGACACCAAACGUCAAAAACAAGCUCAGGUUUCUCAUUUUCUUCGAUGAUGGCUAUGCUUCCUAUGUCACACAGUCCGAACUGUAUCCCAUUUGCCGGCCACUGAAAAAAACUUGGGAGGACAUAGAAGACAUCUCGUGCCGAGACUUCAUUGAGGAGUAUAUCACUGCCUACCCCAAUCGGCCCAUGGUGCUGCUCAAGAGUGGCCAGCUCAUCAAGACCGAGUGGGAGGGCACCUGGUGGAAGUCCCGGGUGGAGGAGGUGGACGGCAGCCUCGUAAGAAUCCUCUUCCUGGAUGACAAAAGGUGUGAAUGGAUCUAUCGAGGUUCCACGCGUCUGGAACCCAUGUUCAGCAUGAAGACAUCCUCGGCCUCUGCACUGGAGAAGAAACAAGGGGGACAACUGAGGACACGUCCAAAUAUGGGUGCUGUGAGGAGCAAAGGCCCUGUAGUACAGUACACCCAGGAUCUGGCCAGUACUGGGGCUCAGUUCAAGCCAGUGGAAACCCCACAGCCUCCAGCUCAUCCUGCCCCAGCAGCAACCCCAGCCCUCCCCACACCACCUGCCCCAUCUCCUCCAUCACAGUCCCCCCAGGCAGGUGAAAAUGAAAGCUUGGAAAGCCAACUUGCCCAGUCACGGAAGCAGGUAGCGAAAAAGAGCACAUCAUUCCGGCCAGGAUCUGUGGGCUCCGGUCAUUCCUCCCCUCCAUCCCCUGCACUCAGUGAAAAUAUCCCUGGUGGGAAGCCUGGGAUCAAUCAGACAUAUAGGUCACCUAUAGGCACGACUGCUACCCCAGUACCUCCAGUGCCUCUAGUAUCUCUAGCACCUCCGGCACCUACCACAUCUCCAGCACCUCCAGCACCUGGAGGCCCCCCAGGGCUCCCUGCACCCCCAGCCUUCCAUGGUAUGCUGGAACGGGCACCAUCAGAGCCCUCCUACCGUGCCCCCAUGGAGAAGCUUUUCUACUUACCUCAUGUUUGCAGUUACACUUGUCUGUCUCGAAUCAGACCUAUGAGAAGUGAGCAGUACCGAGGGAAGAACCCCCUCCUAGUCCCGCUGCUGUAUGACUUCCGGCGGAUGACAGCCCGCCGCCGAGUGAACCGCAAAAUGGGCUUUCAUGUCAUCUACAAGACCCCGUGUGGUCUCUGCCUCCGGACAAUGCAGGAGAUCGAGCGCUACCUUUUUGAGACAGGCUGUGACUUUCUCUUCUUGGAGAUGUUUUGUCUGGAUCCCUAUGUUCUCGUGGACCGGAAGUUUCAGCCCUAUAAACCUUUUUACUAUAUUCUGGACAUUACUUAUGGGAAAGAAGAUGUUCCUCUAUCCUGUGUCAAUGAGAUUGACACAACCCCCCCGCCCCAAGUGGCCUACAGCAAGGAGCGAAUCCCUGGCAAGGGCGUUUUCAUUAAUACCGGCCCCGAGUUUCUGGUUGGCUGUGACUGCAAAGAUGGGUGCCGGGACAAGUCCAAGUGUGCCUGCCACCAGUUAACUAUUCAGGCUACCGCGUGCACACCAGGGGGCCAAGUCAACCCCAACUCUGGUUACCAGUAUAAGAGACUGGAAGAGUGUCUGCCGACAGGAGUUUAUGAGUGCAACAAACGCUGCAGUUGUGACCCAAACAUGUGCACGAACCGGUUGGUGCAGCAUGGGCUACAGGUUCGCCUCCAGCUAUUCAAGACGCAGAACAAGGGCUGGGGCAUCCGCUGCUUGGACGAUAUCGCCAAAGGCUCUUUUGUCUGCAUUUAUGCAGGCAAAAUCCUGACAGACGACUUUGCAGACAAGGAGGGCCUGGAAAUGGGCGACGAGUAUUUUGCUAAUCUGGACCAUAUCGAAAGCGUCGAAAACUUCAAGGAAGGCUAUGAGAGUGACGCUCCCUGCUCCUCGGACAGCAGUGGGGUUGACUUAAAGGACCAGGAGGAUGGCAAUAGUGGCACUGAGGAGCCCGAUGAGUCCAAUGACGAUAGCUCAGAUGACAACUUCUGUAAGGAUGAGGACUUCAGCACCAGCUCAGUGUGGCGCAGCUAUGCCACCCGGCGCCAGACCCGUGGCCAGAAGGAGAAUGGGUCAUCUGAGUCGGCACCCAAGGACUCUCGUCCCCCAGACCUUGGACCCCCACAUAUUCCUGUUCCUUCCUCAAUGCCUUCAGGGGGCUGCAAUCCACCUUCUUCUGAAGAGACUCCCAAGAACAAGGUGGCCUCAUGGCUGAGCUGCAACAGUGUCAGUGAGAGCGGCUUCACCGAGUCUGAUAGCCGCUCAUCCUUCAAGACAGGUGAGGUGGGGGCAGGCAGGGCGGAGCCUGAAAAGUCUUCCACCUCGGAACUGGCCCUCAAGGAGGAGGGCGACACCAAGCAACCCAAGAAAGAGGACCCGGAUGACCGGAACAAGAUGUCUUUAGGCCCUGAAAGCUCGCGGAACUAUGGCUAUAACGCUUCUCCCAUGAAGACUGAAGAGCUGCGCCGCCCGCCCAGCAAAACAAGCGCGCAUCAGAGCCGUAGGCUCCUGGCCUCCACACAGUCCAACCCUGAUGAUGUCCUGACACUUUCCAGCAGCACAGAGAGUGAGGGGGAAAGUGGGACCAGCCGAAAGCCCAAUGCUGGCCAGACCUCAGCCACUGCAGUGGACAGCGAUGAGAUCCAGACCAUCUCCUCUGGCUCAGAAGGGGACGACUUUGAGGACAAGAAGAACAUGUCUGGUCCAGCAAAGCGCCAGGUGGCGGUGAAAUCAACCCGGGGCUUCGCUCUGAAAUCCACCCAUGGAAUUGCCAUUAAGUCGACUAACAUGGCGUCUGCGGAGAAAGGCGAGAGCGCGCCGGUCCGCAAGAACACGCGCCAGUUCUACGAUGGCGAGGAGUCUUGCUACAUCAUCGACGCCAAGCUGGAAGGCAACCUGGGCCGCUAUCUCAACCAUAGCUGCAGCCCCAACCUGUUUGUCCAGAAUGUCUUCGUGGAUACUCACGACCUGCGCUUCCCCUGGGUGGCCUUCUUCGCCAGCAAGAGAAUCCGGGCCGGGACGGAACUCACUUGGGACUAUAACUACGAGGUGGGCAGUGUGGAGGGAAAGGAGCUGCUGUGCUGCUGCGGGGCCAUCGAGUGCAGAGGGCGGCUGCUGUAGGACCUGCCCCGGCCCCCCGCGCUCUUUCCUCAGGAACUGGGGCUCCCAGGCCGUUGACCUAGACCCCCACCCCCUCCGGGUCUCCGGUCAAGCUCCGUGCCCACCUCCAGCAGCUAGAAAUGGGAGUUGUGGAGUGGGAGACCCCUUCCAAUGUGGUGCUAGCAGGCAGGGUCCUGCCUCCACCUGCAGACACGGCAGGUGGGCAAUGGCUAGCUGCCGACCCUGCCGGCCCCUCAGCCCUCCUGCUGCUCAUCUCGGCGCCCCCAUCCACCCCAGUCUCGCGUACUCGCACUUCUUGAGAAUGAGGGCUGUGUAUUCACCACCCCUGGUUUGUAUUGUUUCUUGAAACCUUACACAAGACGUUAAAACAAAGACUGAUGUGACUUUGGCUUCUC